ACAUGGCCGACUUGACCAAAACUUGUAGAGAAAUAAAAAUGUGAACAGUUGAAAAUAAUUUAUAAUUGAAAGGUCUAUAUCACAUUAACAAAAUUACUUUACCAUAAGAAAGUGUCAACAUGCAAGCGGAAGAUGCAAGAUAUUUGAAAAGGAAGGUGAAAGGUGGCAGUCUGGAUGUUCACCCGACGGAGAAGGCGCUGGUCGUGAACUAUGAGCUUGAGGCGACCAUACUCGGGGAGAUGGGAGAUCCCAUGUUGGGGGAGAGGAAGGAGUGUCAGAAGAUUAUCCGCGUGAAGGGUCUCCACGACAACAGUGACCUCAGCCAGCUGGCUAAAGAAAUCAUCGACAAGUGUAAACUGAUCAACCCAAACAAACUGCCAGAGGUUGAGCAGCUCCUGUACUACCUACAGAACAGGAAGGAGUCGGAGCCGUCCAAAGCAUCUGGCAAAACAAAGCUGUCUGAAAAACCUGAGGAACCAUCCAUGUCUGAUGCAGGUGAAAUAGAUGAGAUCGCCAAUAUCAAUGAUAUAGACGAAUAUCUGGAACUUCUCUACGAGGACAUUCCCGAGAAGAUCCGAGGGACAGCUCUUAUUCUACAACUGGCCAGGAAUCCAGACAACUUGGAGGAAAUAUUUCAAAACGAGACUGUUGUUGGGGCGUUGGCGCGGGUGUUGCGUGAAGACUGGAAGCGCAGUACCGAGCUGGCCACCAACAUCAUCUACACGUUCUUCUGCUUCUCGAGCUUCUCGCAGUUCCACGGCGUCAUCCUGCACUUCAAGAUCGGAGCGCUGUCCAUGGCCGUCACCGAACAUGAGAUCAAAAAACACCACAUGUGGCUUGAAGAGCUGCAGAAGAAGAAAAGAUUAAAUGACUCUGACAAGAGCAAGAGGUCAAAAGAAGACUACGAGAAAAGCUUAAAGAAAUACCAGGGUCUGGUGAAGAAACAGGAGCAGCUACUCAGAGUGGCCUUUUAUCUGCUGCUGAACCUGGCUGAAGAUCUCAAAGUUGAGAUAAAAAUGAGAAACAAAGGGAUUGUCCGAAUGCUGGUCAAGACGUUGGAGCGUGACAACUUCGAGCUACUUAUCCUGGUCGUUUCAUUUCUCAAGAAGAUGAGCAUAUUUGUCGAAAACAAGGAUGACAUGGCAUCAAACAACAUCAUUGAGAAGUUGACGAAGAUCAUCCCGUGUGACCACGAAGACCUGCUCAACAUCACGCUCAGACUGCUGCUCAACCUGACCUUUGACACGGACUGUCGCAGCAAGAUGAUCAAGUUCGGAAUGCUACCCAAACUCGUCGGCUUACUUAAUAACGAGAACCAUAAGUUGAUUGUGCUGUGUAUUUUGUACCACAUCAGUAUGGAUGACAAGGCCAAGUCUAUGUUUACCUACACCGACUGUAUUCCCAUUGUUAUGAAGAUGUUACUGGAGAGUCCCGAAACCCCCGACCCGGAACUUUUAGCUCUGUGUAUCAACCUGGCCGUGAACAAGCGCACUGCACAGAUCAUCUGCGAGGGAAACGGGCUGAAGAUGCUCAUGAAACGAUGCUUCAAGUUCCACGACCCACUGCUCAUGAAAAUGGUGCGCAACAUUUCCCAGCAUGAUGGACCCACCAAGACCCUGUUUGUUGAUUACAUCAGUGACCUUUGUAAUGCGGUUCUCACGGCGGACGACAACUUCCAACUGGAAUGUCUCGGUAUCCUUGCCAACCUGACCAUUCCCGACCUCGACUAUGAGCUCGUCCUCAAGGAAUACAAUCUCAUUCCCUGGAUCAAGAAAAACCUGCAACCAGGAGCGGCUGACGAUGAUCUGGUUCUAGAGGUGAUCAUGUUGGUUGGCACAGUGUGUAGCGACGAUGCGUGUGCCAAGAUGCUGGCCGAGGCGAACCUCAUCCACUCCCUGAUAGAACUGCUCAACGCUAAGCAGGAGGAUGAUGAGAUUGUCUGUCAGAUUGUCUAUGUUUUCUACCAGAUGAUUUUCCACGAGAUCACCAGGGAGAUCAUCAUCAAAGACACACAAGCUCCUGCCUACCUGAUAGACCUGAUGCACGACAAGAACGCCGUCAUCCGGAAAGUGUGCGACGACACACUCGACAUGAUAGCAGAGUUUGACGAGGAGUGGGCGCGGAAGAUCCAGCUGGAGAAGUUCCAGUGGCACAACUCGCAGUGGCUGGAGACUGUGGAGACGCGGCACAUCGAGGACGAUGGCUUCAUUUACCCGGAGGACGGCUACGACCCCUACAUCCAGGACACAGACAUCCUGAACCGACCGGAACUCUUCUACGGACCAGGAGAAGGGUACGAACAUGGAAUGCUGGACGGCCAUCUGACUCCCGAGUACAUCGACGACAGCGGCUUGUACAACGGAAAUGCAGAUUACUAUGGUUACGGUGGCGAUUACGAGCCGUACGCACGGCCAGAGUCUCACCUGGGCUUCAUCCGCGAUGGUCAGCCGGUGGACGAGUUCGGCCGUGCGAUGGACCCGUACGGUUCAGCCAUGAUCGACGAGUACGGACAUUAUGUGAACGGGGACGCGGAGGAAGACUAUCACUAUGGUUACAGUAACGGGAUGAGAUAGCCGAGUAUUAUGUAUCAAUAUAGCACGUGUGAGCUGUGUGUGUAAGAGAUGUAGGAAAGUAAUUAUCACUAACAGUAAUGAGAUAAGAUAGCCUCCUGUUGAUUUAGGCUGUGUGUACAUGGGUAGGAGUGGAGUGUAUUUGUGAGAGAGAGAGAGAGAGAGAGAGAGAGAGAGAGAGAGAGAGAGAGAGAGAGAGAGAGAGAGAGAGAGAGAGAGAGAGAGAGAGAGAGAGAGAGAGGAGCGGGAGGGAGGGAGGGAGGGAGGGAGUAAAGUGAAGUACCGGGUAUACAUAUGGUCUGCUCUUCAUGUUGUACAGUGGGUUCUUCAAAAUAAACUGAUGAAGUCGUAAAGCAGGUAGAAGAGAAACAAGUAACCAUCAGGAAGCCUCCAGUAAGAGUCUAACAACCGUCGGGGAAUCAUACAGCUUCACACGGACAAGAUGUAACAUUCUGCUGCAUACUGAAAGCUUUUGGUGUUCAAUGGUCAAGUGGAAUACGAUUGUAGCUUAGUUGAAAAAAAAUUUAGGUGGUUUUUUUAGACACAUAAUGUAAAAUCUCAUCGGUAAAAAUGUAAUCUGGAUACUCCAAGUUGUAGAAUUUCUAUAAUUUUUUGAAAAUUAAUUACUCCACAUUUUCAGGUUAUUUAUCUUGACAGUUGAUCUAGUAAAACCUGUGUGCAAUGAGAUUAACACCUCUGAUGUUAUGUGAUGAUCUGUGUUUGAACUAGAAUCAACAUGUUACAUAUGGAAGUAGAUUGGCAGUUAUCUCUCUGUGUUAUAUCAUGAUCUGUGUUUGAACUAGAAUCAACAUGUUACAUAUGGAAGUAGAUUGGCAGUUAUCUCUCUGUGUUAUAUCAUGAUCUGUGUUUGAACUAGAAUCAACAUGUUACAUAUGGAAGUAGCUUGGCAGUUAUCUCUCUGUGUUAUAUCAUGAUCUGUGUUUGAACUAGAAUCAACAUGUUACAUAUGGAAGUAGCUUGGCAGUUAUCUCUCUGUUAUAUCAUGAUCUGUGUUUGAACUAGAAUCAACAUGUUACAUAUGGAAGUAGCUUGGCAGUUAUCUCUCUGUUAUAUCAUGAUCUGUGUUUGAACUAGAAUCAACAUGUUACAUAUGGAAGUAGCUUGGCAGUUAUCUCUCUGAUGUUAUGUGAUGAUCUGUGUUUGAACUAGAAUCAACAUGUUACAUAUGGAAGUAGAUUGGCAGUUAUCUCUCUGUGUUAUAUCAUGAUCUGUGUUUGAACUAGAAUCAACAUGUUACAUAUGGAAGUAGCUUGGCAGUUAUCUCUCUGUGUUAUAUCAUGAUCUGUGUUUGAACUAGAAUCAACAUGUUACAUAUGGAAGUAGCUUGGCAGUUAUCUCUCUGUGUUAUAUCAUGAUCUGUGUUUGAACUAGAAUCAACAUGUUACAUAUGGAAGUAGCUUGGCAGUUAUCUCUCUGUGUUAUAUCAUGAUCUGUGUUUGAACUAGAAUCAACAUGUUACAUAUGGAAGUAGCUUGGCAGUUAUCUCUCUGUGUUAUAUCAUGAUCUGUGUUUGAACUGGAAUCAACAUGUUACAUAUGGAAGUAGCUUGGCAGUUAUCUCUCUGUGUUAUAUGAUGAUCUGUGUUUGAACUAGAAUCAACAUGUUACAUAUGGAAGUAGCUUGGCAGUUAUCUCUCUGAUGUUAUAUGAUGAUCUGUGUUUGAACUAGAAUCAACAUGUUACAUAUGGAAGUAGCUUGGCAGUUAUCUCUCUGUGUUAUAUCAUGAUCUGUGUUUGAACUAGAAUCAACAUGUUACAUAUGGAAGUAGCUUGGCAGUUAUCUCUCUGUGUUAUAUCAUGAUCUGUGUUUGAACUAGAAUCAACAUGUUACAUAUGGAAGUAGCUUGGCAGUUAUCUCUCUGUGUUAUGGAACAAUGGUACCCACACUUCUCGACUCCCAUAUGCUACUCCAACACAUUUAUAGCGGCCUGGAAUCCUGUAUACUUUUAACACUGCUAUAAAAGACCUGAAUCCUCUAUAAUAUAUUCUAGCACACCUAUAGGAGUCGUGAAUCCCAAAUCAUAUUUUGUAGCACACCUGUAGGAGUCGUGAAUCCAAAUCAUAUUUUGUAGCACACCUAUAGGAGUCGCGAAUCCCAAAUCAUAUUUUGUGGCACACCUGUAGGAGUCGUGAAUCCCAAAUCAUAUUUUGUAGCACACCUAUAGGAGUCGUGAAUCCCAAAUCAUAUUUUGUAGCACACCUGCAGGAGUCGUAAAUCCCAAAUCAUAUUUUGUAGCACACCUGUAGGAGUCGUGAAUCCCAAAUCAUAUUUUGUGGCACACCUGUAGGAAUCGUGAAUCCCAAAUCAUAUUUUGUGGCACACCUGUAGGAGUCGUGAAUCCCAAAUCAUAUUUUGUGGCACACCUGUAGAGUCGUGAAUCCCAAAUCAUAUUUUGUAGCACACCUAUAGGAGUCGCGAAUCCCAAAUCAUAUUUUGUGGCACACCUGUAGGAAUUAUGAAGCAGUUCAGUUUGCCACAGUAUAGAUGAUGAAGUGCCUCACAUUGUUAACAUGAAGUGAAGUGAAAUGAAGUGAAGUGUUAACAUAAAACAACAGCUGUAAAGUUAACUCCUCAACAUUCCUCAACUCUUCUGUAAAAAUAAAUACAGAUGUGGUACAACGUUAUUCACAGAAAACCUUUUCUUGGAAAUGUGUCAUAUACAUAUUUAAAAUAUUAGUCAAAAGGAAACUGUAUAUUAGUUUCAAUCUCUUUCAUUUUAUUUUAACGAUGAAAUGAUAUUUAAAUUGCCUGAAAUGGACUUACAAACAGAGAUGGCUCUCAUUGUUAUUAAAUGUUCAUUCCGCUCGUUACAUAUAUCUUGUGGACAUCUGGACCAAUAGCAGUUUUAAAAAAUGAAAAAUAAAAUAGUUUUUGGAUGUAAUUUUCCUUCAUCUUAACUAUUUUUCAAAGACGUGGUCACGUGUGUUUAUAGCUCACCAUCCUGACAAGCUAUACGUAGUUGACGAUGUCCAGCUAUUUGCAAGAAUAAAGCUUUUACAUUUCAACAUGAUAAUUUAAACUAAAAAGUACAAGUAUCAUUAAUGAAUGUAUAUUUAUCUGGUGUAUAGAUUCAAAUUAAAAUAUUUAAUUUAUUGAUUUCAUCACACAUUUAAAAAUAAUUUUUCAUUAAUAAGCCAACAAUGAAUAUUUUUGGUAGUUUGCAUAUUCUUUAAAUUUCAUUGUCGUAAAUUUACCUUUUAAACAUUUUUUUUUUUUAAAUGGGGUUGAGGACAUGCAGUAUGUCUACAUUUUAGUGUUGGCGAUAUUUAACUAUUCAAUACAAAUUUGUGCCAAUCUGAUUGUUAAUUUUUUUGUAAAUAUUACUGCUGUAAAAGGAUUUACAAACUAUGCAUAACCAAUUAGGGUAUACCAACAUAAACCAAGAAGUAUGCUGUAAAAUUCUGUAAUGACACAUUAAAUUAUAUACUUCUAUAUUGUUCUUUUAUUCCAAACAGUUAAUCUUUAUUGCAUGCAAGGACAGUCACUUUUAAUUUAAAAUAGCCGCUGUAUAUUAUUUAUUACUAUUUAUUGUUAACUGUACAUUGUGUUAGCAAACUAACUUAUCACAUAAUGUGUAUAGAUUUUUGUAUACAUUUGUUGGCAACAUCCGUCCAAUUUUUCAAUGCGUUUCUUAUACAUUAUUCUGUUUCUUACAGUAGUUCGGUUUUGUCUAGUUAAACCUCUACAGUUUAGGUUGUUUAUAUUGCUUUGUGUCUUGUGCAUCAUCCAGAGUAACUGUACAUCGUCAUGCAAUUUACACUUUGUUCAUUGCAAUUAAAGUAUUAAAAUAUUUCUCCGCAAA